AUGGCGACGGUGACGGCAAGCAAGGGCGACGGUGAUGGCAAGCUCAGGAGAUUUAGUAGGUGGACGCGAAUUCUACUCGCUAUCUCCAAUGUGCCAGGGCUUAAAAGGGUUCGCGCCCAAGUCACCGUAAUAUUGGAAUUCGACGAACUAGGUGCGUGUGAACUGCUACGAGGCCCCUAUAGAGAGAGCCCUUUAGGAGAGAACUCUUGUGAAAAGGGCCCUUGUAAAGCUUGCCUUUUUGAGUUUGGCCCCUGCGGCACCGGCCCUUAUGGCUGCGGCCCCUGUGGCAUUGGCCCUUAUGAUGUUAGCCCUUAUGACUCUAACCCCUUUAGUAUUAGCUACUAUGAUACUGGCUCUAAUGGCUUUACUGUCCUUUGUGGCUUUAGCCCUAGUACCUCUGACCUCUAUGGUGCUAGCUCUAAUGACUUUGCUGGCUUUUAUGGCUUCUGCCUCUAUGGCACUGGCCCUUAUAGUUGCGGUGCUUAUGACUUCGACCCCUCUGAUGCUAGCCUUAUGGUUCUGGCUCUAGUGGCUUCACUGGCUCUUGUGGCUUUGGCCCCUAUGUGGCUUUAUUGGCCUUGUGGCUUUGGCCCUUGUGACCUCGGCUCCUUUGGUACUGGCCCUUGUGGUUCCGACCUCAAUGGUCCCGCUAGCCCUUAUGGGUUUGACCCUUGUGGCUUCAACCCCUUUAGUGCUAGCCCCUAUGGUUUUGAUUCCAGUAGCUCUACUAGCCCUUCUAGUGUUGGCCCCUGUGAUUCCGACCCUAGUAGCUCUGGCCUUUAUGGUAUUGGCUCCUCUGAUGCUAGCUCCAGUGAUUCCAUUGGCCUUUCAGCCUCUGGUACUAGCCCUUAUGGCUCAGGCCCCUCUAGUGUUGGCCCCUAUAUCUCUGGCCCUUAUAACUUCGCUAGCCCUUUUGGCUCCGGCCCUUGGCCCUAA